AUGUUGAUUUGCCUUAUAAACGAGCGCCCCGAAGGCGGGCCGCUCAUUUCGAUCAAACCUACGAUGUCGGACGUUGCUAACGACUCGCCAGUUGACGAAGUUUGCUUGGUCGAUAUGGACGCUUGCUAUGAGACAUUUGACAAAGAUAGUGAUGGCAAGCUGAGUUUUGAAGAGUUCCAGCUAAUCUGUAAAGCUCUCUUCCGCAAUGACAAGGGCCACAUUUACCCAUUACCCGAGGAGAAAGCAAGGCAUGUGUUCCAGGUGUUUGAUAAGAAUGAUGAUGGGUUCAUUGAUAAGGAGGAGUUUACAUUUUGCUGGAACCAUUGGAUUAAAGUGAUCGUGAGGCCCGUGAGCGCAUUCCUGGUGGUUGAUGUGCAGAACGACUUUAUCUCCGGCACCCUGAACAUCAGCAAGUGCAACGCUCAACAAGAUGGCAGCGAGGUCGUGGAGCCCAUAAACCGUCUGCUGGAAACUGUUCCGUUCGACUGCGUGUUCUACUCUCUGGAUUGGCACCCACCGGACCACGUGUCCUUCAUAGACAACGUCCACAUGCGCGAGCUCCACGUCUCCAGUCCAGUCUCGGCGGACAAAGCGCAGGCCUACGACACUGUGGUGUUCGCUGGACCCCCGCCUAUGAAACAGCGCCUGUGGCCCCGCCACUGCGUGCAGGACACGUGGGGCGCCGAGCUACACAGGGACCUCAAGGUGGUGGAGGGGGCGGUGAAGGUGUACAAGGGCACCAACUCCGAGGUGGACUCUUACUCCGUGUUCUGGGACAACAAGAAGCUCACCGACACCAACCUCAGCGUUCAGCUCAGGAUGCGCGGAGCUACGGACAUCUACAUCUGCGGGCUCGCUUACGACGUCUGCGUCGGCGCUACCAUGGCGGACGCGCUGGCGAUCGGCUACCGCGCCGUGCUGGUGGACGACGCCAGCCGCGGCGUGGACCUCGCCGACAUCGAGAAGACCAAGGCGACUAUCGUCAACAACCACGGGGUCAUCGUCACCUCGGACCAGGUGCUUGCAAUGGUUGAGGGGCGAGAUCGCCGCCCCGAACUCGGCUACAAACUGGCCAUGGAACUGAAGAACGCGAUGGAGGAGCAGGAC